AACAUCUCUCUACUCAACAAUGCGUCUCUACUACUGCACACAGACAGACAUCACUGCUGGAUGGUCCAACCUUGCCAGGUGAUUGAGACUCAACAACAGGAGGGUGGUGACCUCAUCAAACCCAAGAAGCUGCCAAAUCCUGUCCUGGCUUCUCACCAACACAGAGCCCUUCACCAAGAGCUGCUCUUCUGCCACAGAUGUGGUCUCCUGCCAAGAAUAAAGCCAGAGCUGCAGCGUGUGCUGGAAAACAAACAGAGAGAGAGGCACAAGCAGGCCGAGCUGGCCCUCCAUCCUCCCUCAGACUUGGAAGCAAAGCUUCGCACAAGACAGCAGAGGAUACAAGUCUGUGAGCUGGAGGAAAGAAAAAGGAACGAGUGGCUACAGAACGCACCGGAGUUUGUCCGAGUGAGAAAAACCUUGAAGCAUGUGCAGGCUUUUUCAUCAUGACAACCAGAGCUACAGGAACACAGGUUCCUGUGCUAUUGUUAGUCAUCAGGUGAAUCAUCUUCAUUUGGCAACUGCAGCUCUCACAGAUACUGAUCAAAUUUACCAAAUCUGUCAGAAAAUGUUUUACAGUGUAAGAUUUGAAUUUCAGGAAGGAAAAAUAUAAAUUUAUUAAUCCUAUUUUGAGACAACUUUUCAACACCACCAAUCAAGCAUGA